UACAACCGUUCCGAUUAGGGCGACCGUUGCCAACGAUGCAAUUCCUCGUUUUACGAACGAACCCUGGGCACAGGCACCUCCUGAGUGCCGCGGUCACCACCGAGAGGCUGCACCACCCUCAUCUUCUCUGAUAAUUUGCGAUAAGCUUCAAUUGACAGCACCCGAAGGACUCCAAGGCACCCGGCGAAGACCGGACUCAGGGCUUUAUGUUUACCGAAGACAGGCUGGAGAGGAAGCCGGAGCCAUGGGUUUCUCUUUUCAGCCUUUGAUGAACUGAACUAAGCUGGACUCACAGGACUCAGCCAAUCAGUCCCUACCUGCAGUGGGGGCUCCCCUCUCCCCAUCGCACUCUAUAGCUAUGGCAGGCUUCAAGCGGGGCUAUGAUGGCAAGAUUGCUGGCCUGUAUGACCUUGACAAGACGCUGGGUCGCGGCCACUUUGCUGUGGUCAAGCUGGCACGCCAUGUCUUCACCGGGGAGAAAGUGGCGGUGAAGGUGAUCGACAAGACUAAGCUGGACACUGUGGCCACGGGUCACCUCUUCCAGGAAGUCCGCUGCAUGAAGCUGGUCCAACAUCCCAACAUUGUGCGCCUGUAUGAAGUGAUAGACACUCAGACCAAACUUUACCUCAUCUUGGAGCUAGGUGAUGGAGGGGAUAUGUUUGACUACAUUAUGAAACAUGAGGAGGGUCUGAACGAAGAGCUGGCCAAGAAAUAUUUUGCCCAGAUUGUCCAUGCUAUCUCCUACUGCCAUCGGCUGCACGUGGUGCACAGGGACCUCAAACCGGAGAAUGUGGUGUUUUUCGAGAAACAAGGGCUGGUCAAGCUCACUGACUUUGGAUUCAGUAACAAGUUUCAGCCGGGGAAAAAGCUGACAACCAGUUGUGGAUCUCUGGCGUACUCUGCACCAGAAAUACUGUUGGGCGAUGAGUAUGAUGCUCCAGCCGUAGAUAUCUGGAGUCUGGGUGUGAUCCUGUUCAUGUUGGUGUGUGGCCAGCCGCCCUUCCAGGAAGCUAACGACAGCGAGACGCUCACCAUGAUCAUGGACUGUAAAUACACCGUACCGGCCCACGUCUCCAGCGCCUGCAAAGAUCUUAUAGACCGGAUGCUUCAAAGGGACCCCAAGCAGCGAGCAUCCCUGGAUGAAAUCGAGACACACACCUGGCUGCAGGGGGUUGACCCAUCCCCAGCCACCAAAUACAACACUCCCCUGGUCUCCCACAAGAACCUGUCCGAAGAGGAACACAACAGCAUCAUCCAGCGCAUGGUGCUGGGAGAUAUUGCUGACCGAGAAGCCAUAGUCGAAGCCCUGGAGACCAACAAGUACAACCACAUCACAGCCACCUACUACCUGCUGGCAGAGAGGAUCCUGAGGGAGAAGCAGGAGAAGGAGGUCCAGACCCGCUCGUCCAGCCCCAGCAACAUCAAGGCCCAGUUCAGGCAGUCCUGGCCCACCAGAGUGGACAUGCACCAGGACAUCGAGGACAGCUUGGCGGCGUCCUCCAUCUCCCAUGCUGGAGGCCCCCAGUCCCCGGCUCGCAGCGCCGAGAACCUGCUGAACGGACACCGCUCCAAGGGCCUGAUGGAGCUGGGCCGGCGGGAGGAGACGGUGACGGACUCUCUGGGUCUGCCGGCUCAGGGAGCCUGUGCUGCCGCCUCGGGCCCCGCUCUUGGCUCUGGUUCUGGGACCAUCAGGGCCCCCAGUCCCUCCACCUCAGGAUCAGCCAAGCAGCGAACCUGCCUGUUCAGGUCUGAUCGGGUGGAGGAGGAUGAAGAGGAGGAGGAAGAGCAGGACCCAUCUCCCCUCCCGACCCAGGUGAUCUUGCGGCGUAAGCCCCCCUCCGUCACCAAUCGCCUCACAUCCAGGAAGAGCGCACCGGUGCUGAACCAGAUCUUUGAGGAGGGGGAGUCGGACGACGACUUCGACAUGGACGAGGGUCUGCCGCCCAAACUCAGCCGCCUCAAGAUGAACAUGGCCGGAAACGCCACCAGCCUGAACACGGGGGCCAGCUCCUCCUCGUCCCCGGGGUCCACGCAGAAGCGCUACCACCGGCGUAAGAGCCAGGGGAGGGGGUCGUCGUGCUCCAGCUCUGAGACGAGCGACGACGACUCAGAGAGCCACCGGAGACGUCUGGACAAAGACUCGGGCUUCGGUUACGGCUGGAACAGACGGGACAGCAGCGAGGGCCCCCCCGGCAGCUCGGGAGGCAACGGGGGAGGCAGCAGCUCAGGGCAGGGGAAGCCUCCCGGAGAGGGCGGAGGUUCCUCCGGUCCAGACCGGAGUCCUCCUGGAGGGGGUGGGAAUGGAGGUGGAGGGGGUGGCGGCGGCGGUGGAGGAGGGAAUGGGGGAGGAGGAGGGGGUAACAAAGGACAGGACAGCCCCUCAAGUUGUUGUAACAACAGUAGCACCACUAACCCCACCCUCAGCACUCUGUCGCGCUCCGCCCGCUCGGCGAGCCGCAGCACCGAGCUGGUGGAGAGUCUGAAGCUCAUGAGCCUGUGCCUCAGCUCGCAGCUGCAGCACCACCGCGGGGGGCGGGGGGGCCGAGGGGGUGUGGACGGAGGAGGUGGUGAGGGGAAGUUAAUCAUAGACCCUCGCAGUCUCUCAGGCGGGAGUGUGAAAAUCCAGGAGAAGUCCGCCUGGAGGAUGUGCAUCAGCUCCUCGGCGAGCCUAGACACCAUCACCCUGCCCACCACCGCCGCCCUGCCUCGCACCCACUCCGCCCAGCACCACCACCGCAAAACGGCGCCGCACAACCCCCCCGGCCUGCGGUCGGGGCCGGGCGACAGGAACGCUCACAGCAACCUGAGCACUUUGAAAAACGGCAUGCUCCAACUACCUCUCUGUGAGAAGACCAUCUCUGUGAACAUCCAGCGCGGUGGAGGCUCCAGGGACGGUCUGCUCUGUACCUCCGCCCCCGCCAGCUGCUGCCAGGUGAUCUGAGGCACACGCACCCCCCCACCUCCAGCCCCACCCCCAUCACAUGACGCUGCCCCUCCUCUGACCUCUGCACCUACUUCACAUCAUUUACUCAACACACUACUCCACCUUUCACGUUCUGUCCUGUGUUGCUGUAGCAGAUAGCUGACCUCACCUGUCCGUCAACAUACCUGCCUUCUGCUGUCGUCUCUGAGCUCCAGCCUCCUCACUGUGUUUCCUCUGAGUUCAUGUUGCUUUUAUCUUUUAUAUCUUUCUUUUUAUCCUUCUUUUACAUCUCCAGCUGCUUCGGAUGAGAGGAACUAAUAUUUUCUUAUUUACUGGUUUUAGAACAAAAAUGACUGAAGGUUUGAUUUGAUGGAAACACAGAGGUGAAAGAAACAAGAGUCAAAAUGAGAAUGAAGUUGUAGUUUUACCCCAAAAAACAAAUAAUAUAACAAGAACAGUUGUAUUUUUGCAUAAGUUUUAACUAUUUAGUCAUAAGUUUUUACAAAAAUAUUUGUAGUAUUUCAAGAUGAAGUUAUAAUUGUAGAAUAAAAGUCAAAAAUAUUUUGAAAAUACCGUUAUUUAGAGAUAAAGUUCUGACUUGAUCAUUUCCUCUCAUGAUCAGCUCCUAGCUGCUGUUACUGCGAACACUAACCUGAAGCCUUAGUGUGAGAGGGGCAGGGGACCAAAGGUGUGUUCAUGUAUUAAUUGACAGCUGUGAGCUCCCGCUUCCUGACUCUGUCCUCCUCUGAUUGGUUAGAAGAGUGAGGCUCCACAUUAAGUCAUGUUGUAGCAUAUUUCAGCUAAAAACUAUUGGAAGAAAGUUUCAUACUGCAGCUUUAAUAAAAUCACUGUUAAGAUUAAAACUUUUUUCUUGAAAUAUCUUGAGACUUUUUUGUAAAACUACGACUUUAUUAUAAGUUUUAACAUUAUUCUAAAUUAAAUGGUCUUUUUUUAGUUUUGUAAUCCAGACUUUUCUCCUUUUAAAAUUCUUGUAAUAUUGAUUCAUUAGUAGCUUCAUCCUCAACAUUGACCCUGAUGUUCUGCUGCGUGUCUGCAGAAACAUACAGUAGAUCUCCAUGGUAACAGACUAACACUUCCUUCCUUCACCUCUGACCUUUGACCUCUGAGUGUGAGCUGGCAGUGAGAUCAGAACUUUGACCACUUCAGGGAAGAGGACAGGUUUUAAUGUGAGUGACCUCUGACCCGGUUAGAUCUAGUUUUUAAAAACCAGCUGUAACGUCACCUCCAACAAACACAGCCCUUUAAACCGGGACAGUGUCUCAGUUCAGCUUUUAAAUUGGAGAGAAAGAGGAGAAACUGAUGGUUCAUCACGUGUGCACUCCUGUGGCAGCAAACAGCUGAUUACAUUGAUAACCAUGUUUAUAACGUUACUGCUGUCCACUUAUUUAAAUCUGAGGUAUUAUUUUUUUACUCAUGACGUGUUGUUGUUGCUGAUACACGAUAUUUGUUGCGUCUGACAAAAACACACGUAGUCUGCUGUGAUUCGACCUCUGCUGGCUCCUGUUGGUCCCACCUGCACUGACGUGUCACCCAAAGCUCGCUGCACAUGUGUGUGUGUGCAGUGUGUCGACUCGUGUGUCGAUUGUGUGUAUAUACAGUUUGUUGAAAAGUAAAGUUUAUUUUUAAAACGUGUACAUUUUUGUUUCUUUGAGCGAUCUGCUGUUUUAACAUGUUGACAGGGGCUAAUGUGACAUCUCAUUGGUUAAAGUGUGUGUCCAGGAAGUAUUCAGACCCCGUCAUUGGUCACAUGUUGUUAUGUUGCAGCCUUGCGCUAAAAUCCUUCAGUCCACACUCAAGAAAAGUGUCUGAACACUUAUGUCAACGUGAUGUUUCAGUUUUUUUGAAAAUAAAGCUACAACGUAACAACAUGUGAAGAGGUGAAGGGUCUGAAUACUUGAACUCUCUGUAAAUCACCUGUGCAGGAGAGAAAGCUCACGACUCACAGCUUUAAAGGAGCAGACCAAGAGAUGAACAAAUGAGAGAGAAGAAAGAGGAGAUUCUUUAAGGGCAUUGGCAAUAAGCUAAACAGUGUGUUGCAGCUAUCUGUACAGAAACAUUUUGUCAUUCGUUUCAUUUUUUAAACCCAAACGUGUGCAGCCUUAAAACUGCUACAUUAAACUGAAAAGAGAAAAAAAGGAAAAAGCUGUUUGAAAUAUUUUUUUUGUCUUUGGUUCUUUGUCUGUUUUCUUUUUGAAAACCAAAUGUACAUAAAGUUGUAAAUAUGGUGCUCUCUCUCUCUCUCUCUCUCUUAAUCUAGAACAGCAGAGUGAACCUCUUGGUGCAUAGCUGUCCUGUAAUCUAGCCUUAUGAUAAUUAGUAAUACUGUAUGGGUGUCUCAGCUAAAAAUAAAGCCGUGUGAGAAAAACGACACGAUUUUCUUCAUAGCGUCAGGUCUUUGACUGUUGUCUUACUCAGCUGUAUCCAGGUGAACGACGUGCAUGUGUUUCAGUGUUUGACAUUCAGUGACUCUGAGAGGAAACAGAAUCAGCUGCAGAAACGUACCGGACCAAAAAGCAACAGAAGAAGAAGAAAAAGAAAAGAAAAAAAAAAAGAGAGAGGAGCUGGAACUGACAGGAAUAUUCAGUGUAUUAUUCUGUAGUUGAUACCUGUUGUCAGAUGUUACAUAUAGCUAUGGUAAUAUCCAAAAAUAAAAUGUGGAAUACUGUCUCAUA